CGACUCAAGAUGCUCGGGGGUCCGGGCUCUGGGCCGAUGCCGCUGCUGCUGGCUGUCCUGUGCCUGGGGAUAGCGGUGCCCUGCCAAGGAGCCUUGAAGACCAAGAGGCAGACCCAGCAGAUCAUUCAGCCGCAUUUCCCUAUGCCUGCGGGUCCGAACAAGCUUGGCUGUUACGAUAAUGGAAAGCAUUACCAGAUAAACCAACAAUGGGAGCGCACUUACCUGGGCAAUGCGUUGGUGUGUACUUGUUAUGGAGGAAGCCGAGGCUUUAGCUGCGAGAGCAAGCCUGAAGCUGAAGAGACUUGCUUUGACAAGUACACUGGGCAGACUUAUCGAGUGGGUGACACUUACGAGCGCCCGAAAGACAGCAUGAUCUGGGACUGUACCUGCAUCGGGGCUGGGCGAGGGAGAAUAAGCUGCACCAUUGCAAACCGCUGCCAUGAAGGGGGUCAGUCCUACAAGAUCGGUGACACCUGGAGGAGGCCACAUGAGACUGGAGGUUACAUGUUAGAGUGUGUUUGUCUCGGGAAUGGGAAAGGAGAAUGGACCUGUAAGCCCAUAGGUGAGAAAUGUUUUGAGCACUCUACUGGGACUUCCUAUGCUGUUGGACAAACCUGGGAAAAGCCCUACCAAGGCUGGAUGAUGGUGGAUUGUACUUGUCUGGGAGAAGGCAGUGGACGGAUCACCUGCAGUUCAAAAAAUCGAUGCAAUGACCAGGACAGUAGAACUUCCUAUCGAAUUGGAGAUACCUGGACCAAGAAAGAUAGCCGAGGAAACCUUCUGCAGUGCAUCUGCACGGGCAAUGGCAGAGGGGAGUGGAAAUGUGAGAGGCAUACCUCUAUGCAGACCAUAUCCAGAGGAACAGGUUCCACAGAAAAUGUCCAUCAGACCAUUUACCAGCCGCUACCUCCCCCGCAGCCAGUUCCAUUUGGGCACUGUGCCUCUGACAGUGGUGUGAUGUACUCAGUGGGCAUGCAGUGGCUGAAGACACAAGGAAGCACACAAAUGCUUUGCACUUGCUUGGGCAAUGGAGUCAGCUGCAAGGAGACAGCUGCAGCCCAAACUUAUGGUGGAAAUUCAAAUGGGGAGCCAUGUGUCUUGCCAUUCACCUAUAAUGGCAAAACUUUCUACUCCUGCACUACAGAAGGGCGACAGGAUGGACAUCUCUGGUGCAGUACCACUUCUAAUUAUGAAAAUGACCAGAAAUACUCUUUUUGUACCGAUCAAACUGUUUUGGUCCAGACUCGAGGUGGAAAUUCCAAUGGUGCCCUAUGCCACUUCCCCUUCUUAUACAAUAAUCACAACUAUACUGACUGCACUACUGAAGGCAGAAGAGACAACAUGAAGUGGUGCGGAACCACCAUGAACUAUGAUGCAGACCAGAUGUUUGGAUUCUGCCCCAUGGCUGCUCAUGAGGAAGUCUGUACCACCAGCGAAGGGGUGAUGUAUCGCAUUGGAGACCAGUGGGAUAAGCAUCAUGACAUGGGCCACUUGAUGAGAUGCUCAUGUAUUGGAAAUGGUCGUGGGGAAUGGACCUGUGUUGCCUACUCGCAGCUUCGAGAUCAAUGCAUUGUUGAUGACGUCACUUACAACGUAAAUGAAACCUUCAAUAAGCGUCAUGAAGAGGGGCAUAUGCUGAACUGUACUUGCUUUGGCCAGGGUCGGGGCAGAUGGAAAUGUGAUCCUAUUGACCAGUGUCAAGAUUCAGAUACCAGAACAUUUUAUCAGAUUGGAGACACAUGGGAAAAAAAUGUGCGUGGUGUCCGAUACCAGUGUACCUGCCAUGGGCGUGGCAUUGGAGAGUGGCUUUGUCAGCCUGUAAAUGCCUACUCAGGUGCACCUGUUCCUGUCCAAAUAACAAUCAUUGAGAGUCCGGGUCAGUCCAACGCUCACCCCAUCCAGUGGAAUACACCACAGUCAUCUCACAUUAACCAGUACAUUCUCAAAUGGAGGCCUAAAAGUAGUCGCGGUCGUUGGAAGGAAGCCACCGUCCCAGGCCACUUAAACUCAUACGUCAUCAAAGGCCUGAAGCCAGGAGUCAUCUAUGAAGCGCAACUCAUCAGUAUCCAGAUAAAUGGCCACAGAGAAGUGACACAUUUCGACUUCACCACCUCCGGCAGUGGCACUGGCCCAACCGUGAAUCAAAACACGGUGACAGGUGAAAGCACACCUCUCCCUCCCAUGGUGGACACUUCGGAGUCAGUGACUGAAAUCACAUCCAACAGCUUUGUAGUCUCAUGGGUGUCAGCUUCAGAUACUGUGUCAGGAUUCCGUGUGGAAUAUGAACUGAGCGAGGAGGGCGGUGAACCCCAGUACUUGGAUCUCCCAAGCACAGCUAGCUCUGUGAACAUCCCUAACCUGCUUCCUGGUCGAAAGUACGUCGUCAAUGUCUAUGAGAUAUCAGAAGGGGGAGAGCAGAAUUUGAUCUUAUCUACCUCACAGACCACAGCACCUGAUGCCCCACCAAACCCUACAGUGGACAGAGUGGAUGACACCUCAAUUGUUAUUCGCUGGAGUCGACCCCAGGCACCCAUCACAGGUUACAGAGUCAUCUAUUCCUCUUCACUGGAAGGAAGUAGUACAGAACUCAACCUUCCUGAGAGUGCCACUUCAGUGACUCUCAGUGAUUUGGAGCCAGGGAUGCCUUAUAACAUCACUAUCUACGCUGUGGAAGAAAAUCAAGAGAGCACUCCUAUCAUCAUCCAGCAAGAAACCACGGGCAUUCCUCGGAAAGAGAGACUUCAGCCACCUCGGGAUCUGCAGUUUGUGGAAGUGACAGAUACAAAGAUCACCAUCAUGUGGAUGCCCUCGCAGACUAUAGCGACUGGUUAUCGCGUGGAGGUGAUCCCUGUCAACAGGACUGGGGAUCAUGGACAGAGGCUGCCCAUCAGCAGAAACCUUUUUGCAGAAGUCCUUGAGCUAUCACCAGGCGUCACUUAUCAAUUCAGAGUCUUCGCUGUGUACCAAAAUCAGGAGAGCAAACCGCUGGUUGCUGAGCAGACCACCAAAUUGGAUGCUCCCAAGGACCUCCAGUUUACCAAUGAAGCUGACUCUACAGUCAUAGUGACCUGGACACCCCCUCGAGCUCAGAUUUCUGGGUACCAACUGACAACAGACUUGACUCGAGGAGGUCAACUCAAGAACUAUAAUAUACCACCAUCUGCCAAGAAGUAUGUGCUGGAUAAUCUUCAACCAGGGUCUGAGUACACUGUUAGCCUAACAGCUGUAAAAGACAAUCAGAAGAGUCCCAAAGUCACUGGCAUCUUUACUGCUCAGCAGUCUCUUGGCUCCAUUCCACCUUACAACACAGAAGUCACUGGAAACUCCAUUAUUGUUACAUGGGCACCUGCUCCAAAGAUUGGUUUUAAGCUAAAUGUCUGGCCAAGCCAGGGAGGUGAAUCAGGACGAGAAGCAGUUUCUGAAUCCGGCAGCAUCAUAGUGUCUGGUCUGACUCCAGGCGUGGAAUACACUUACUCCAUCACACCCCUGAAAGAUGGGAAAGAGAAAGACAAACCCAUUGUCAAUAAAAUAGUGAUGCCAUUGUCUCCUCCGGCAAACUUAAAUCUGGAGUCAAACCCCAACACUGGUGUGCUUAUAGUGUCUUGGGAGAGGAGCACCACUCCCGACAUUACUGGCUAUAGAAUUACGACCAUUCCUACAAAUGGCAAGGAGGGAUAUUCUUUGGAAGAAAUGGUCCAUCCAGAUCAGAGUACCUGCACUUUUGAAAACCUGAGUCCUGGCUUGGAGUACAAUGUCAGUGUUUACACUGUCAAGGAUGACAUGGAAAGUGCCCCUAUAUCUGAUACCAUCACUCCAGCUAUCCCUGCUCCCACUGACUUGAAAUUCACCAACAUUGGUCCAGACACUAUGCGUGUUACAUGGGCCCCACCUCCAUCCAUUGAUUUGUCCAGCUUCCUGGUUCGCUACUCACCUGUGAAAAAUGAGGACGAUGAGGCAGAGUUGACUAUAUCUCCUUCGAAUAAUGCUGUGGUCUUAACAAAUCUCCUGCCUGGCACAGAAUAUUUAGUCAGUGUCUUCAGUGUUUAUGAAAAUCACCGGAGCAAUCCUCUCCGAGGAAGACAGAAAACAGGUCUUGAUUCUGCAAGUGGCAUUGACUUUUCUGAUAUCACUGCCAACUCCUUCACUGUCCAUUGGAUUGCUCCUCGAGCUCCCAUAACUGGUUACAUAAUUCGACAUCAUCCUGAGCGCUCCAGUGGAAGACCCCGAGAAGACCGAGUGCCCCCUUCUCGCAAUUCCAUCACUCUCACCAACCUCCUUCCAGGCACAGAAUAUAUUGUCAGCAUCAUUGCUCUCUAUGGCAGAGAGCAAAGUGUUCCUUUGGUUGGUCAACAAUCAACAGUUUCUGAUGUUCCAACUAACUUGGAAGUUAUUGCCGCCACCCCCACCAGCCUACUGAUCAGCUGGGACGCACCACCAGUCACCGUGAGAUACUACAGGAUCACUUAUGGAGAAACAGGAGGAAGUAGCCCUGUUCAGGAGUUCACUGUGCCUGGAACCAAGAGUACAGCUACCAUCAAUGGUGUUAAUCCUGGAGUUGACUAUACCAUCACUGUUUAUGCUGUCACUGGCCGUGGUGACAGCCCUGCAAGCAGCCAGCCAGUUCAAAUAAAUUACAGAACAGAAAUUGACAAACCAUCCAAGAUGCAAGUGACCAAUGUUCAGGACUCUGCAAUUAGUAUCAAAUGGUUACCUUCAAGUUCCCCUGUGACUAAAUACAGAGUCACCCUUGUGCCCAAAGAUGGCUCAGGACCUGUGAAAACCAUAAAUGCACGUCCAGAUCAAACAGAAAUUACUGUUGAAGGCUUGCAGCCUGCAGUUGAAUAUGUGAUUAAUGUCUAUGCACAGAAUCAAAAUGGAGAAAGCGAGCCCUUGGUUGAGACUGCAGUAACCACCAUUCCCGCUCCAAGCAAUCUGAGGUUCUCUCAGGUUACACCUACAAGCUUGACUGCCCAGUGGACACCACCCAACAUUAAACUCACUGGAUAUCGAGUGCAGGUGACCCCCAAGGAGAAAACAGGACCAAUGAAAGAAAUCAACCUUGCUCCACAGAGUUCUUCUGUGAUUGUGUCAGGACUCAUGGUGGGCACCAAAUAUGAAGUGAGUGUCUCUGCUCUUAAGGACUCUUUGACAAGCAGACCAGCUCUGGGAGUUGUCACUACUCUGGAGAAUGUCAGUCCUCCCAGAAGGGCCCGUGUGACAGAUGCUACUGAGACCACCAUCACCAUUAGCUGGAGAACUAAGACUGAGACCAUCACUGGCUUCCAUGUUGAAGCCAUCCCAACAAACAGCCAGACUCCAGUUCAGAGGACCAUAAGUUCAGGUGUCAGAAGUUACACCAUCACAGGUUUACAGCCUGGUACUGACUACAAGAUCUACCUGUACACCCUGAAUGAAAAUGCCCGGAGCACCCCUGUGAUCUUUGAUGCCUCCACUGCCAUCGAUGCCCCAUCCAACUUGCAUUUCCUGGCCACCACACCCAACUCCUUGCUGCUGUCUUGGCACCCUCCACAGGCCAAGAUUACUGGCUACAUCAUCAAGUAUGAGAAACCUGGUUCACCUCCCAGAGAAGUGUUCCCUAGACCACGGCCUGAAGUCACAGAAGCUACUAUUACUGGUCUGGAGCCAGGAACAGAGUACAUGAUUCAAAUCAUAGCCAUCAGAAAUAAUCAGAAGAGUGAACCUCUGAUUGGGAGGAAAAGGACAGAUGAGCUUCCCCAACUGGUAACCCUCCCACGUCCCAAUCAUCACGGACCAGAAAUAUUGGAUGUUCCUUCCACAGUUCAAAAAAUCACUUUGAACAAUGGGCCUGGGUAUAAUAAUGGAGAUGGUUUACAAUUUCCUGGCACUUCUGAUCACCUCAACCACAUUGAGCAACAAACUAUCUUUGAGGAGCAUGGUUCUAGGCGGAGAACAACACCCACUAUGGCCACCCCUCAAAGACAUAGGCCAAGACCGUAUCCACCUAAUGUAGAUCUCGUACCUGGGGGAGACUUAGACCGCCAAUUCUAUCCUGAUCGUGUUGGACACAAUCACAAUGCAUCUGUGGGACAAGAAGCUCUCUCUCAGACAACCAUCUCCUGGAACCCCCUCCCGGCUUCUUCUGAAUAUAUCAUUUCAUGCAAUCCAAUUAGCACUGAUGAAGAACCGCUACAGUUCAGAGUUCCUGGAACCUCUACUAGCGCCACCUUGACAGGACUUACCAGAGGGGCCACCUAUAACAUCAAAGUAGAGGCACUACAAGGCCAGAGAAGAAAUAAGAUUCGAGAGGAGACUAUUACUGUGGGCAAUAUUGUAGACCAAAGUGCAUUCCCGGGGACGGAUGACUCGUGCUUUGAUCCCUACACGGUUUCCUAUUAUGCAGUUGGAGAGGAGUGGGAGCGACUGUCUGAUUCUGGCUUUAAACUCUCGUGCCAGUGCUUAGGCCUUGGCAGUGGUCAUUUCAGAUGUGACUCAUCUAAAUGGUGCCAUGACAAUGGCAUGAACUACAGGAUCGGAGAGAAGUGGGAUCGCACUGGAGAUAAUGGUCAGAAAAUGACCUGUACCUGUCUUGGAAAUGGAAAAGGCGAAUUCAAAUGUGAUCCUGAUGAGACAACAUGUUAUGAUGAUGGGAAGAUAUACCGUGUAAGAGAACAGUGGCAGAAGGAAUAUCUUGGUGCUAUCUGCUCCUGCACGUGCUUUGGAGGCAAGCGGGGCUGGCGCUGUGACAACUGCCACAGACCCGGGGCAAUUGAAGUAGGCAGUGAAGGGUCUCCUGGCUACUCCCCAAAUCGGUACUUGGAUAAUUAUGACCGCAACACCAAUACUAAAAAUGUCAACUGCCCAAUUGAGUGCUUCAUGCCUUUAGAUGUACAGGCUGACAGAGAUGAUUCCCGAGAGUAGUAAUUGUAACCCAGAGAAGGAAGCGAGGCUCUCUGGAAAAGAUCCAUCCAUUCUGGCGUGAAGUUAGAGGAUCCCAGCUUAGAUGUUUGUGUCUUUCUUAAGCCCUUUGCUCAAGGAUAUUUCUCCAGCUUCAGCUCAACUCACAGCUACUCCAAGCAACAUCCUGUGAAUGUUUGGGGGGUGGAGAGUCCAUGGUCUGUUGUGCUCUAAGUUUUCAGCACUGCUACAUAUAUUCGGUGAAAGGAUUCUAACUUGUGAAAUAAGAACAACAGUAAAGCAUAGAUGUCAUCCGAGAUGUAAAAGGAGUGGAAAUAAUAUGACCAAAAUUUUAAAUAGGAAAGUGACCCCAAACACUUCAGCUUCCACUUUUCUUUCUGACCUGCACUAUUAUAGGAUCAGCUUGUCCUUGUCACUGUGAUAUUUAAAAAAAAUCCACAGUACUCAACUUUUCCAAAUGAUUCCAGUAAUUGCCCAGAAAUCUCUUUCUCUUAUCUGUUAUUUAUCAAUUUUCCCAGUAUUUUUAUAUGGAAAAAGUAUUGUAUGGAAGACACUUGGUGUGCAGUAGACAAGAGAAAUUUGGAAUGAUUAUGGCUGGUGAUUAUUUUUUAUAUGUGCCAAAGCUUUACUACUGUGGAAAAAACCUGUUUAAUAAAAGAUUUACAUUCUA